CAGGGAUAUGACAUAUCGUUCCUUAUUACGAACGUCCAUUCAGAGACCAUGUUGAAACACAAGGUCGUCGAUUUCAUCAUUCAAUUUAAAGUAGUAGACAGGGAAAUAAGUGAGAUGAAGCUUAGUAGCCUCAAUGUACGCGCGCGCACGGUAGCCGAAUUGUAUCUUACC